UUGCAAAACCAAGGCGUUUUCACAAUCAUAUGCACCUAAUUAGCUGGUUGGCACAGUACAAUGAUCUAUGAAACUCAUUCAUUGACAAGUGCUUUGAAGUGGUGUGCUCUAAUUGUGAACGAAUUUACUACUAUAAAAGUUAACAAGGUUUUCUAGUGAUCUACGUUACAAUUUUGAGCAAGAUGGACUUUAUAUGGAGAUCUAUUAUAUUGCUAUCAUGCCUAAGCUAUGGACAAUCGAGCGGUGUCAACACAGAACAGAGCCUACUCAACGCCUUGGGUUUCGACAUGAACCAGGCACUAAGCAAUUUGAACUCUGCAACUCGAAAUAAAAGAGAUGAUGAGUACUGCGCGCUUGGUGCCAUCCUUAACCGCAUCAACAGUUGCCCCGCCCACACUCAGUUGAUCGAGCUGUUGGCAGCCCAGAAAGGCGGGGAAAAUGUUGAUAUGAACUUGAUGGCCGAGCAUUUAUGCAAAGAUUCCGAAUGCACAAUCCGUUGUUUUACGGAAGCCAUUGGCCGAUGUCACCAAGCUGACGAAUAUUUCUUCGUGUCCGAUCCUGUGACUAGGACAGUUGCACAUCGUGCAAUGUGUGACAGAAAACAUAACUUUGCGGAGUUCAUAUCAAACUGCGGUGAACUGCUUCCCAAACAAUGUGUUAGUGGUCUCGUGAUGGCAGUACUGAACUUGACCAAUACCUUCAAUGAAGACAACAACUCUACAAAAUACCGUAUCGAUGGCUGCAGGGCAUAUUCUGAGUACAAGACGUGCUUCAAGGUUCCAAUCACUGAUAAGUGUAUCGCGGCAGAUGCAAGUUAUUUUGAAGAUCUGGCAAUCGCAAGUACAAGCUUUAUGAAAUGCAACGAUCAGAGUCACCACUUCUUCUCUAAGUAUGGGGCAGAUGUGCAAUGUGGGGACGAGCAGUAUCAACGCUACUUAACGGGUACAGCAGGUGUUUAUGGACUAGCAAGUACACCUGGACAAACCGAUGAAGCAACGAGUAACAGAUCAGCACUUAUAUUAUUGAUAUUUGUAGUCUUCAUUCAUUAUUUGUUCUAAAAUACGUUCAACAAAGCAACUUGUGACGAAGCGGCGCUUACACUGUUGAUAUGUUGCUAUGAGACUUUUAACCCAUGGUAUUAUACUUUUAAGGAAAGCAACCAGUCAUUGACUAGCAAUAGUCUCGUUUUAUUUGAAAUAUCCUACUGAAGUGCUUUACAUUCUUCAAAAUGCAGAUACAUAUUAAAUACCUGGUUAAAUUUUCAUUUCAGCAACUAUUGUUCUACGCAACAUAAUACAGAUUGAAUAUUUAGACUGAGCUAUUUAUCAACCAGAAUGUAAAACAAAUAUAAUGUCGUAAAGUAACAUGUUUUCUUGUUUGUGGUAUUGAAUCUUUCUGCAAACAGGACAGGCUGGUCCAACACAUACCAAAUGAGUCACACGCCA